GGGGAAAGAUGGCGUCCUCAAACAAUCCUCGCAAAUUUAGCGAAAAAAUUGCUUUGCAUAAUCAGAAACAGGCUGAAGAGACUGCUGCCUUUGAAGAAGUGAUGAAAGACCUAAACAUAACCCGAGCAGCACGGUUGCAGUUACAGAAGACCCAGUAUUUGCAACUAGGGCAGAAUCGUGGACAGUACUAUGGAGGGUCACUGCCCAAUGUCAAUCAGAUUGGAAAUGGCAACAUUGACCUGCCUUUUCAGAACUCUGUACUGGAUACCAGUCGGACUACCAGACACCAUGGCCUUGUGGACCGUGUUUACCGUGACCGGAACCGCAUCACAUCCCCUCACCGCCGACCCCUUUCUGUCGACAAACAUGGGCGCCAGAUUGACAGCUGUCCCUAUGGCUCGGUCUACCUCUCACCCCCACCAGACACCAGCUGGAGAAGGACAAAUUCAGAUUCGGCCUUACACCAGAGCACCAUGAAUCCUAAGCCUCAGGAGGUGUUCACAGGGGGAUCACAGGAGCUGCAGCCCAAACGAGUGUUGCUGCUAACAGUGCCUGGGACAGAGGAGUCUGAGUCCAACACAGACAAGGAUUCACAGAAACAGAUGUGGGAUGACAAGGAGGAUGAUUCAUCAAAGCCCAAUGUAUGCGAUGUCCCAGGAAUCAACAUAUUUCCAUCACCAGACCAGGAAGUGAACCCGUCUGUGCUCCCAGCCACACACAACACCGGUGGCUCUCUGCCUGACCUGACCAACAUUCAGUUCCCUCCUCCACUCUCCACUCCUCUGGACCCAGAGGAUACCGUGGCCUUCCCUGCCCUCAGCUCAUCCAAUAGCGCAGGCAGCCUGACCACUAACCUCACUCAUCUGGGCAUCAGCGCCUCCAGCCACGGCAUCCCCACCUCCUCUCAGACUGCCAUGACAGCAACAGCCCAGUGCAAGCAGGCAGCUGUGGCACCACUCACCCUCAGUGCGGAGCUCCAUCUUCAGCAGACCCCCCAGCAGCUUUCCCCUACCUUGUCUUCACCCGUUAAUAUCACACAGACGUUGCCAAUGGAGUCCCUGAGUCUGGAGCAACAACUCUCCCAGUACCCCCUGUUCAGCCAGCUGACAGCUCAAGCUCAGGCCCAACUGCUCAGUGACCUGCAGAAGCAGCAGCAGACCCUGCCUCAGGGCAUCAGGCUUAUUACCUUGCCCACUUCGGCCACUACUGGCACAGUCACAGCCACCCAGCCCUCCCCGGACAGCCAAAGCCAGAACACCACCGGUGUCGGUAUCAACUCGUACCGCAAUCAGGCUGGCUCACCAGCCAAUCAGUCUCCAACCUCCCCAGUCUCCAAUCAAGGCUUCUCCCCCGGUGGCUCACCUCAACAUAUUCCUGUGGUGGGCAGUAUAUUUGGUGACUCCUUCUACGAUCAGCAGUUGGCAUCAAGACAAACCAACGCACUCUCUCACCAGCUGGAGCAGUUCAACAUGAUUGAGAGUCCCAUCAGUUCCACCAGCCUGUACAGCCAGUGUUCUACCCUCAACUACACACAAGCAGCCAUGAUGGGCCUUACAGGAAGCAGCCUGCAAGACUCUCAGCAGCUAGGCUACAGUAACCAUGGCAACAUCCCAAACAUCAUCCUCACAGUCACAGGUGAAUCUCCACCCAGCCUCUCUAAAGAGCUAACCAACUCGCUCGCGGGUGUCGGUGACGUCAGCUUCGAUGCAGACUCUCAGUUCCCACUGGACGAGUUAAAGAUCGACCCCCUCACCCUGGACGGACUUCACAUGCUCAAUGACCCUGACAUAGUGCUCGCUGACCCUGCCACAGAAGACACCUUCAGAAUGGACAGGCUGUAAUGUGUAAAUCCCAGCCAUGGCUGAGAAAACCUGUAAGUAAAAAUAGAAAAGAAAAGACACUUAUGAAUGGAGGGAGAGGAGGGGUGGGUUGAAACCUCUCCCCAGUUGCAUGGCUGACCUCUGAUCUCGCCCUCGACUCCCUCAAGUCCACUGAGAUGAUGCACCACCAGAAGAUGACAGGAGAAAAAAAGAGACCUGGCCUCGCUGUUGGUGUGAAUGGGAUUGGUUGCUCAGCGCUUUUGCUCGCCUGCUGUGUUCAGUGUAAUGUUUCAUGCCACAUAUAUUCCAACAACAUGCAUUUGACUUUCUUUCCCUCAUUU